AUGAUGAAAAAUGUUCUCAAUAGCGAAGAUUCAUCUGUUGCUCUAUUGAAAAACAAUGAUCGAGUCAUAACCAAUGGAUACAAAUCCGAGAUUCUAGGUCAAUUGAUUACAUUUUUGCUCGAUCAAUCACAAAGUACCAAUGAUCAAUCAACUUAUGAUGUUCUUGGUUUUGAAAGCGAGUCCAACCAUUCGUUUUUCGAUCAUCUUAUUCGAUCGCAACAUUUUCUAGAGAAUGGCAUUGACACUAAUCAUAAUCGAUCUCUUGAAGGAGUUGAAUCGGAAGUGAGUUCAGUACCAGAUGCAAUCCAUGAUACCUGUAUCAAUACUACAAUAAACAAUCUGACAAGCCAAAAUGAACAAAAUCGAUUAGUAACUAGUCAAAAGAAACAUAUUAUUCUCAAAUAUAUCGGUAAAAUGCAUCUUAUCGAUGAUACAUGGAAUAAAAGCAAUGAAAAUGUUAUUGAAAGACGACAAUUGGCUGAUCAACAACUUUAUGGUUUCCUAUUUUCUGUGGCUCGUGUCGAAAACGUGAUUGAAAAAGAUCUCUUAAGAUCAACAACUCCAAACAAACGUCAAUUCUAUCGUAGUACUGGUGAAGAAGAAUCGUUCCACUCAAUGUUAUUCAAGAACGAAGACGAUUUAAAAACGAAAUCAAAUUUGUUCACUCAAGAUAAUUCUAGUACGGAAUCAUCCCAUAUCGAAAUUCAAAAAUUGAUGAAUACAAUUAAAGAAAAAGAUACACAAAUUGCAUAUCUAAAUCAACAAUACAAUCAAAUUCGUAGUACACAAUUGCGUGUUUUACAGCAAGUUGACAAAAUCAUAAAUCGGGUAAUCAAUCUUAAACAACAAUACGAUAUAAAGCAAGAUAAAAUUGAACAAAUUAAAAAAGAAUUUGAUUUCAUUCUAGAACAUUUUGACAAUGCUAAAUUAGACGUAGAAAUAAUUAAACCAAUCAUAACUUCGAAUGGCGAUUUAUAUUUCGCUGAUAAAACAGUUGAAAAUAAAAAUCAAUUACAACAAGAUAUUUAUCAAUUCGAAAUAGGAAAGAAACAUAAAAUGAUCAAUUAUCUGAAUGCAAACGAACAAAAAACAAGAGAAUAUUGUCAAAUCGAAUCAGAAGUUGACAUAAAUGAUCAUAAAUAUGAAGACGAUAUUCAUAUUAGUGAAAAAAAGAAGCAGACAAAUGAUGGAAUCAAUCAAUCGAACGAAAAAGUUCAAUUAAAAUUGACAUAUUCACUGCGAACUGAUUCAAUCGGUGCACCAUGCACUGUAGCCGAGGCACUGAUGAAUGAAAGUGCUCUCGACACGUUGAACCGAUGGUUGGAGACUCAAACUGCUGAGAGACGUGUGACUUGGGCAUUAUGUGAAUUACCAGGCACCUAUGCCCUAUCAUCAAGUUUUGGUGCACAAGCUGCAGCUUCGCUACACUUAUUGACAGCACAGAAACCUGAUAUUCCAGUAUUACUCAUAGAUACAGGUUACCUUUUUCCAGAGACCUAUAGUUUCAUUGAUCAAUUACAUGAAUGUUUACAACUCAAUCUUAAUGUAUUGCGUCCAGAGAUUUCAGCUGCUUGGCUUGAAGUACGUCAUGGUCGUUUAUGGGAAAAAGGUUUAGAUGGAAUCGAUCUUUACAAUCAUCUAGUAAAAAUCAAGCCAAUGCAACUUGCUCUAGAAAAUCUUGGUGUUGAAACUUGGUUUGCUGGUCUACGUCGCAAUCAAUCUGAAAGUCGCCAAGGAAUUCGCAUUAUUGAACGUCAAAAUGGCCGAUGGAAAGUGCAUCCAAUAGCUGAUUGGACUGAUAGCGAUGUUGACAUGUAUUUAAAACGACACAAUUUGCCAUAUCAUCCACUUUGGGAAAAAGGUUAUGUUUCGAUUGGAGAUAUUCAUACUACUCGACCUUGGGAACCUGGUCUACGUCAAGAAGAUACUCGUUUCUUCGGUCUAAAGCGCGAAUGUGGCCUUCAUCAACACAGUUGA